AUGUUUGUUCGUGCCUUGGCUACUGAGUGUCGCUUGCCACUCGUCUCCGUGCAGGCCUCGCGUAUCUUCGGCCGAUAUGUCGGUGACAGUGAGCGAAACAUGCGGCAGAUUCUGGUUCAAGCAAGAGCUUCAGCGCCGGCCAUCCUCUUCAUUGAUGAGAUCGAUCUUCUUUUACCCUCUCGUAGCUCAAACAAAAUCUUUAUGCUUCCUUUUACAUUACACUCAAAAUAUCGUUAUUAUGAUCGACUACGCUCAUUCUCCAGAGAGACAUGUGCUAGCGAACACGUUCUAAGUGAAAUGUUGACCGCAAUGGACGGUGUCGAAGGACAACCAGGACAACUGAUUUUGAUAGCUGCCACCAAUCGGAUCGAUAAAUUGGAUUGCGUUAGUGACAUCCUGGUCGAGGUUAUCCAUAUCACGGACAAGUACCUAGAAGAAACAAAACGGGAAAUGGAGCUGGAACUAAUUCCAAAGAUCUUGUCCCAUCAGGAGCCUAAAAACAGGAAUAGAUUUGUCGGGAUACGCAAAUCC